AUGGGUUCCGAGAACAAGCUCAGCACGCAGGUGGAGGACCCGACCAAGCCCGAUGCUCCCAAGCACGAGCACGGAAACUUCGAAGCGGCCAAGACCAAGUUUCAGGCAUACCAGGCCAAUCCUGGACCGGCCGUACCGUCCGGCUUCAACGUAGCUCAAGAGGGCAGCAAGGAGGAGCGGCGGAAGCGAGCGCAGGAGCUGAACAAGGAGAAUUAG